GUCAGAAGAAGCAAGAACAAGGGAGAAGAAUUGGCACCCUAGUUGGCACGGCUAUCAUUAGGCAUUAUUAACUGUCAUCUGAACAAGUGAAAAUAUCCAUCACAGGAUGAAGCAACUUGUGCUCCUGUUGGCUUGUGCUACAGUCGGGUGGGCUCAGUCAUGUGACCCUCAGCCAGGAGCGAUUAAUUUGGCAAGAUCAGAAGGUGUCAGCGUCAGCCAAAGCUCCGUUUACCCACUUGUUCCUGUACCCAAUGCUCAAACAGCCGUUGAUGGGAAUAAAGAGACAAAUUAUUAUGUGCAUCCCUGUGCCCACACCAACAGGGAUUUGGCUCCGUGGUGGCAGUUGGACCUGAAAAAAAGCACCAAGAUUUGGUCGAUGGUCAUAGUGAAUAGGGGGGACUGUUGCAGCGAGCGACUGAAAGGAGCAGAAAUCCGUGUUGGGGAUUCAGCAGACAAUAAAAACCCAGUCUGUGCCACCGUUAGUGAUGUCUCCCAAAUCACCAUGACUUUCUGCUGCAAGGGAAUGAUGGGACGUUAUGUGAGUGUUGUUAUUCCCGGGCGCUCAGAAUUUCUACACAUCUGUGAAGUGGAGGUUUAUGGUGAAGAUACAAAAACUGAAGAAAAACAUGUCUGCUGGUAACCUCUUGGCAACUGGCACUUUAACCACGUCUAAAAGUCUUACUGGGCUUUCAUCUCCGCUCAUUAAAAUAUCUCUGAUAGCAUUUUA